CCCCGGUGAGCGCGCUCGGUGCGGUCGUUCCUGGCGUCUCCCCGGAGCUGCUGCUGCGCGGGCCUGCGGUCCGACCUGCCCUAGCAUGGCUUCUGCUUUGGACGAGCUGCAGAAGGAUUUGGAAGAGGUGAAAGUGUUGCUGGAAAAGGCCACUAGAAAAAGAGUGCGGGAUGCCCUGACUGUUGAAAAGUCCAGGAUUGAGACAGAAAUCAAGAACAAGAUGCAGCAGAAGGCACAGGGGAAGGCAGACUCUCUGGACAACGAGAAGCCAGCAGCGGUGGUUGCUCCCCUUACAACAGGCUAUACAGUGAAAAUCAGCAACUAUGGAUGGGAUCAGUCAGAUAAGUUUGUGAAAAUCUACAUCACCUUAACUGGAGUCCAUCAGGUGCCCGCUGAGAAUGUGCAGGUGCAUUUCACAGAGAGGUCAUUUGAUCUUCUAGUAAAGGACCUGAAUGGGAAGAAUUACUCCAUGAUCGUGAACAACCUCUUGAAACCCAUCUCUGUGGAAGGUAGUUCCAAAAAAGUCAAGACGGAUACAGUCCUUAUCAUGUGCAGAAAGAAGGCUGAAAGCAUGCGGUGGGACUAUCUGACUCAGGUUGAGAAAGAAUGCAAGGACAAAGAAAAGCCUUCCUACGACACGGAAACAGACCCAAGUGAGGGAUUAAUGAAUGUCCUAAAGAAAAUUUAUGAAGAUGGAGAUGAUGAUAUGAAGCGAACCAUCAACAAAGCUUGGGUAGAGUCAAGAGAGAAGCAAGCCAAAGGAGAUACAGAAUUCUGAGGUGUUCAGAGCCUUUUGGGAACUGCGAUGUAGAAAUACCAGUGCUCCAAAGAGGGACUGGUGGUGAGCUGCACAGACAACGUUCAACAUGUCUAGUUACACAGCCAAGCAAAGGCAACGGGCUCUUUAUUUCCUACUGGAGGAUUUAUUUAAAUAAAAUAUGUUUAUUAAAACA